AUGAGCUCAAGUCAGCUGAACUUGGCUCGGUUUGCAUUCAAUAUCUAUGGAUCAUUGACGUCCGACAAUAAUACCCCGUCUUCACCAUCACCGACAUCAUCAUUCAAUUCCAUCAAGAAGGUCAACUCGGGGAAUAAACUUGUAUACCAUUGCGAUAGGGAAACCACCGCCCUUUCCCAAUUGAACUAUCCCUUGCUGAUAAGCAAUACCGAGAUUGGAUCCCAUCAUGCUGUUAUUGGUGGAAAGAACUAUCUCCAUUUGUUAUGUCUUAGUUCUGACCAGCAUCAUGUGGUGCACGACAUAAAUUUGCUCGACAACCCCUACUCGAGAGUUGUCCCCAAACUAUCAUCCAUCAACACGAUAAAGACGCAUGAGAAUACAAUUGCAUGUGGGCUAUCCAAUGGAGUGAUCUCGAUAUACAAGUUGACACCUCUGGGUAAACUGACUUUGCUGACAAAACUCGCCGAUCAUAAACGGACAAUCAACAGUAUGGACUUUAUUCAUGACCGAGAAGACUUGCUCUUGUCCGGCUCCCAAGAUGGAUCAAUCAAGUUGUGGGAUUUACGAAGUGGGAACAAACCCAUGCUCACACUCCAGUCCAACAAUAUGCAUUCCGAUCCAAUUCGUGCGUGUCAGUAUUCGCCUCAUUCAAGUCAUAAAUUGAGUGUAUUGUCGGUGCAUGACUCAGGAGCACUUUGCAAGUUUGACCUAAGAGCAAACACAAAUAGUUAUACACCCGAUAGAAAGUGGAAUUUGCAUUCAGGACCAGCAUUGUCGUUACACAUACAUCCAGAAUCAGAGUAUGUUGCUACUGCGGGGAGAGACCAAAAGAUUUGCGUGUUCAAUUAUAGUGACUCCAACCAAGCCACGGGGAGUCGGGCUACUCCAGAACACAUGAUAAACACUUAUGGGCCAAUAGUCAAAGUUCGAUGGAGCGCAUACGACAACAAUGCCAAGAAUCAACUAUACAAGUACGACAUUGCCUGUCUGUACUUGAACGACGACUCAACAGUUACUGUGUAUAAUCUCAAGCGGAAAUACAUUCCCAAACAUAUCGUCAAUAGUUAUUCACGCAAGGCGGUCCAGAAUUUCCUAUGGGCCCAGAAUAGCAAUCGUUCUUCUACAUUGUGGUGUUUAACCAAGGCAAAUGUGUUUACUAGUUAUGAUUUGGAUGCCAGUGAUGGUGAUAUUACACGACCACUAGAAGAAUUGCCCAAGGUGAGUAUGUCCUGGAAUAAUAAUUUUGGAGACUUGAGUUUUGUCAAUCAGUAUGACAGUGAUGAAGAAUCGAUAGUCUCGGAAGAAUCGUCGGAAAUGGUGGAAAUGACAAGAAGUCAUACAUACUCAGGUGAGCAAGAAGAAGACAUAGAAUCUACCGAUAACAUCUCACGAACAAGUCUUGCCCUGGCCCCAAUACCAUCCAUUCCAUUCCCAACUUCGUCAUCACUUACAAACUCACCCUUGGAUAAACCACCCUUGGUUAGAUCGUACACGCAUAAUCCUAAGCCAACUUCGUCAUCUCCGAUAAAUACAACAUUCACGAGACCAAGACUUAAUAGAGGGUCAUCGCUGACUACUACCCAUGACUCGAGUAUUUCCUAUGGAUCCACUCCAUUUCCGGCACCAGCCCAACCGAGACACAAAAAAGUCCAACAAAGUACGGCCAGUUAUAUAUCUUCUCCAUAUGUGAUCCCGGUUAGUUUGGGUAUACCGAGUAAUGACGAGUAUGUAUUCCGGACAUUGGCUAUGGGAUACGUAGUGAAAAUCCCCGAUGGGUUUAAACUAACCGAUGUGCUACGUAUGAAUGCUGAUGUGGCAGAAGAUGCCGGUGUGCUUCGGGUAGCACUGAUUUGGCGAAUGCUUGCGAUUGCCGCUGAGGAGCUUGACGUGACGGUUAUCCUGCCAAUUACCGAGGAAACUGGUGGUGAUAUUGCAUUAUCGCCUAUUCCGCCCACUAUGUCGGAGAAAUCCAUUGCUAGUGAUUUAAACUUUGUCGGUUCGUAUAAUUCAGCAUCAACUAAAGAGAGAGUGGAUGAGAAACUGGAUGGGGGAAAUGAAUCUCCGGCAGAACUUGAGAUGUUGCCUAGUUCAGUUAAACCCCAUUGGCACGACUUGGACAACGAGAACCUCCACUUGAUGACCAACGUAUUCAAUUCCAGUCCUACUUCAGUGGGUAUUUCGUCGAACAACACCUACAGUUCCAUGGCGAUAAGUGCAUCCCCAGCCGCCCUGAUUCGUCCUCUAACGGCAUCGAUAAAACCACUUGUGCCUUUACAACUCCAACGAAACGAAUUAUUCCUUGAAAAAAAGGAGAGUUCCACAAAUACGUUAAAAAGUGGAUUGACAAUGGCAUUAUCGGAAAUAGAACAAAAGGAGGACUUGCUUCCGUGGCAUUUAUCAAAUUUGGUUCAGCAAGCAGUGGGGUAUGCAUGUACCCAGGGAGAUGUUGUGUUUUGUGCGACGGUAUCUUUGCUCUUAUACGACAAGUUCCCAGGGAUUAUCAGUAAGAAUGAGUGUCUUGAAUGGAUUGGAAGUUAUAUUGACAUACUCCGUCGAAAAAGAAUGUUUGUGCAAGCUGGAAAUGUUAUCAAGUCGGCACCCAAAAGUAUUCAAAGUACAUUAGUUCAAAAGCAACAGUUUUCUACAGAUGUCAACCCCAAGUUCUUUUGCUGCUGGUGUAAUAAACUACUUGAGAACACCAGCAAGGGCUACUACUAUUGUCAAGAAUGCAAGACUAACCAGCUGAAUUGUAUAUAUUGCAACGAACCGUGUGAUGGGCUUGCUGUGGUUGUCAGUUUGAAAUGCGGCCAUCGAGGUCAUUUUGGAUGUUUGAAGGAAUGGUUUAUUGAAGGGGAAAACAUUGAAUGUCCUACUCCUGGAUGCGAUUAUACAUUAAAUUAAAAUUACGUCACCUAGCUCUAUAUAUUGUUUUACAAGACCGUACUUGACCACAUAGAUUCCAUCUCGCUUGAGUUCGAUAUCAUCGUUGUCUAUAAAAAGUGUGAUUGGUUUGGAAGUAACCGAUUUCACAAAUACGUGUUGGUUGGUGUCUGGUGUGGUAAUCAUCAGCUGGCCACCACUAGUAUCAUCAAGCAAGGUCAAGCUAGGAGGGACUUUUUUGAGGAAACAAUUAUUGUAUAACUGGGUAAGCAAAUGGGCGUACUUGUGAAUAUACUCUUUCUCUUCGGCACUUAGCAACUUGCUAUCUUCCUGCUCUUCGUUGAUGUAAUAAAUAGUAAACUUGUCGAGUUUAGACAAUCUCGUGCGUAGAUACAUCCUAACUAAAUAACACAACCGUUCGAUUUCUGUUUCUAUAAUCAUCGUGUUUAGUUUAAACUCACUGGUGGACCCCACACUGUCUCCGUAUUCGUGUGAAUCGAUCAAGUAUUGUUGUUGGUUGGAUAUAGCUGUAAGGGCGGUGGUCAUUGUGGUUUGGGCAAACGGGAGAAGUUCAGGUGACAUCCGUUCGUUGAUCAUGGCGGUGAUUAAGUUAUUGUGGAUGUUGGAGGUGACUGGAGUUUCCGACUCUUCGAACUCUUGAAGGAUAUCGUCGAUGUUCAUGGUGGUGUUGAUGUUGAUGUUGAUGUUGAUGUUGAUGUUGAUGUU